CUUCUCAACGAUAUUGGUUUCUUCAUUGGUGUAUGUGCGUCAAUCAGUGGCUUAUCACAUGCGUUCAUAUUCGGAAUGGCACACCCUGGAAUUCGAAACAAGAUUUUAGUGAUGUUCCGAAUGAAGGCACCUGCAUCUGCAACAACGGUAUCCACUGUUGCGAGAACACAACAUAAGUCGACCCAUACGGGAACAUGA